AUGUAUUAUAAUUCAUCUCAAACUUUCGGAUUACAUUGUCCAGAUAGAGACAUCGGACUGCAGACAUUCGAUAGUGAAGAGGCAUUACGACUCGUGCAUCACUUCCUGCCACAGACUUUAUCCAACGACUCCAUCCAUCUGUCGGUCUGCCCAUCAUUCUCCACCAAGAUCUGCUUGUUAUUGCGUCGUGACCAACCUCUUUCCUGCCUGCAGCCCUUCAUCGCUUCAUCGAAGGGGGCACGAAAAGAUAGACUAACACUGCCCCUAGUGCUGUCUUGUGGCGUCACCUCCUUUCAGCACAACGGGACUGAGACAUUGGGAGACGCGCCCAAUUUCCCCCAAGCUACCAUCACUUUACGGUCACGUCACUAUUUGCUUCUCCUGCUCUGCUCUGCUCUUCUCUUGCGCUUCGACGUACCCCCUUUGCAGCUUUGCACCAAGUAUCCAAAGCAGCAGCACACCGCACCACCAGAAGUCCAGACCAUAGCAAACCAUCGCCCGCAAGCGCACCGCACUACCUCACCUCACCAGCGCGCAAUCAGUUACCUCAGAGCUCUGGGCACCUCGUCGCUUGUGUAA